AUGGAUAAUACUAUUUUUAUUUCUCAAACCAAGUAUGCUAAGAAUAUAAUGAAGAAGUUUGGCCUAGAAAGUGCUAGUCACAAAAAGACACCUCCAACAACUCACUUGAAAUUAACUAAGGAUGAAAAAGGUGUUGAUGUGGAUAAAAGUUUGUACAUGAGUAUGAUUAGUAGUCUUUUGUAUCUUACAGCUAGUAGACCCAACAUCACUUUUCUUGUAGGAGUAUGUGUUAGAUAUCAGAUUGAGCUUAAAAUCAGUCACACUACUCAAGUGAAAAGGAUCUUGAAAUACAUGAAUGGUACUAGUGAGUAUGCCAUGCUGUAUUCUCAUAGUUCUAAUUACAUGUUUGUAGGGUAUUGUGAUGCAAACUGA